AUGAAUCAAUUGAUGAGCCGUUCGCUAGCGGAAUAUUCUCAAAAUCCAAAAAUAAAUAAAAAUCUUAUGGAUAUUUAUUAUUUAGCGAGGAACACAGAUGAGACAAAUUUUGAAUAUCCAGAUACGAAAGAAUAUUCCGCCAUUCGAGCUAACGAUGUUAUAACAGACAAAAAAAAAUCAAAAGAAAAAAAUUAUAUUUUAAACUUUGGUCACCUUCUUGCGAAUGCGGCGGCUGCGAAUGAUGAUAGUAAUGAUGAUUAUGAUAAUAAUAAUAAUAAUAAUAAUAAACCAAUCAUUCGUAUGGAAUACGACAAUUUGAAAAAAAAAAUUGAUUCAAAUUUGGGAUACAUAAUGAAAAGAAGCGGAAACGAAAAAAUAUUAUCAAAUGAAAAUAAAAAAGAAUUUAUAACUAUAUUCGAUUGCUUACCUGAUGAUUUAUUAAUAUCGCCAUAUCAGGAUGUUAUCAGGCCCUGUGAUUUACCUAUUCAAAUUAUGGAUAAAAAAAAUCCCAUCGAUAAAAGAUUUUUAGGUUAUUUUUUUUUUUUUUUUUUUUUUAAUAACAAUAAAAAAAAACUUUCAUCAUAUUAA